AUGUCGCUUGUUCCGGGAUGGAUGCCCCCGACGCGUGAGCGGUGGGAGGUCCUUGUCAGCGCGUGGCAGCUCUUUUAUCCAUUCCUUGGCAACCUCCAAUGGCUCAUCAACUGGUACGGCAUGGGUAAAACGUCCAAGGAUAGCCGCUUCAACAUUCCCGGGCGCAUCGCAUGGUUCACUAUGGAGUCGCCUGGUUUCCUCACCCUGCUGUACAUCAUGAAGACGCUGCCGCUUCAGCACGGCGUGACCGACCUGCCUUGGCAGAAUAGAGUCCUCGCAGGGUUAUUUGUCAUCCACUACUCAUACCGCGCCGUCCUCUUCCCCUACCUCCAGCCCUCCAUGGCCCCCAUCCACGUCCUCGUCUGGGGUUUCGCCCUCUUCUUCCAAAUCUGCAACGCCACCUCCCUCGGCUGCUGGCUCGCCGCCUACGGCCCCACCACCGAAGAGGCCUGGGCCGCCACCGGCUCCUUUGCGACGGCCCGCUUCGUCCUCGGCAUCGGCCUCUUCUACCUCGGUCUCGCGGGCAACUUCUUCCACGACGAGGAGCUGCGCGAGAUCCGCCGCUCCGAGCAGCGCCGCCAGGAUCGCCUCGUCCAGCAGGCCGCCGCCGACGGCAAGAGCCCGGCCAAGGCCGACGUGACCAAGCACUACCGCGUCCCCGAGGCCGGCCUGUUCAAGUACAUGCUGUACCCCCACUACCUGUGCGAGUGGGUCGAGUGGCUAGGCUUCUGGAUCGCUGCUGGCUGGGGCUGCGUGCCCGCCCGCGCGUUUUUGAUCAACGAGAUCGCCACCAUGUUCCCGAGGGCCGUCAAGGGAAAGUGGUGGUACGUGGAAAAGUUUGGCGAGGACAAGGUGGGCAAGAAGUGGGCUGUUCUUCCGGGCGUCUACUAG